AAAAAAUUGCAUAUCGAUCUGCUUAAUGCUCAAACACCACAUACUUGCAUUUUAUCGGUUUUGAUAUCGCUCUCGUAACUCAUCGCUCGCGAAACGAUUAACGAAAAAUUUUCAGUCUUCAGUGGUUUUUCGCAACUGCAAGUGCAAUCUGGUGAUUUUAAUUUUCUAUUUUUAUACUUAUUGGAAAAUCUAUUAGAAAAUGUCGGCGGAAGUCGCGGGAAAACUCCCUAAACCCCAAAUGCGGGGACUCCUUCACAGGCAAAUCAAGAGGAACCUCGUCAUUGCCGGUAUCGCCUGCUUCAUCGGCGGGGCCUACAUGAGAUUCGUAUACGGGGCUAGAAACAAGAAGGCUUACGCGGAUUUCUACUUGAAUUUCGACGCUGAAAAAACGUUUCACGAGAUGAGAAGGAAGGGCGUGUUCAAUUCCUGCGACACAGAUGACGAUGAUGAAUAGUUGCAUUGCAUUUUGUAGAUAGAUAAGCGACGGUUGGUCUAAUAAAUAUUGUAGGAUUUAAAAAAAUAAUUAGUUUUCGCUAACUUCCUUUAUGUUACAAGGAUACAACUGUUAAUAGAAAGAAGAAUUGGGUGAACGUCACGUUGCCAAAUUGUAGUAGACUCCUCGCUUUUAGGAAAUUUUUUAUAGCGUAUUCUUGGAGUUUCCAAACUGGUGUAUUUAUUUUAACAAAUUUUUAUAAAAUUAGGAAUUUCGAAACGCACAAAAUAAGUACGAGUUACUUUAAGACUAAUUUUAAAUUGUAACACGAAUAUUAACUAAGUUCGUUUUAUCUAACAACCAACACGAGGAGAAGUUUGGCAACUUAACAACUCCGCAUUUGACAUAUUUCUGACAUCAAGUCAUCAACUCACUUGAUAAAAAAAAAAAAAGAAAAAUUGCAUCUAGUUAAAAGACCACUUGAUUAAUACCAAAUAAUCGUAAAAUGGCUGGAGGAGAAGUAAGCAAAGUGUCGAAGCCCCAACUUCGAGGCCUCCUGGCCAGUCAAAUUAAAAAGAACGUCAUCAUAGCAGUCGCCCUUUCGGCCGUCGGUGCAGUUAUAUAUAAAACGAUGGUUAAUGAUAAUAGGAAAAAGGCUUACGCAGAAUACUUCAAGAACUUCGAUAUCGAACAGAGGUUUAAUGAAAUGCGGAACAAGGGUCUCUUCGAUUCCUGCGAACCGGAUAAUUAAAUUGAUAAUCUGGCUUAGACAUUAUUAUAGUAUUUAUGUAAGGGGAAAAAUUAAAAUAUUGAGUUUUAAUUGAA